UAAGUCCGUUCAACUGUUGUCUUCACAUAUCCAUGCUGUGUCUGGAGACGUGCUUUGCGAGUACUUAAUGCGUUUAUACUGACGUUACAUGCUUAUCAAGGACGUUUAAGUCAUGGGAGGAAGUACUUGUUGUGUCAUUGGCUGUAGCGGCCGUUCACACGACGGACAAGGUAAAAAGAUAAACAACGGGAUGUCUUUCUAUAGUUUCCCUGCGUGGAGGCAGAACCAGGGAAGUUAUGUGUCCCACGUCACGAAGAGCAGACGGAUGGCGUGGAUAUCAGCUGUAGGGCGACUAGACCUCAAGUUUAGCAACAUCCCAAGAUCAUAUAAAGUGUGCUCGAGACAUUUUCAUUCAGGUAAACCUGCAUAUGAAAUGGAUGAGUCACAUCCAGACUGGGCUCCAACACUACACCUGGGUCACUUUGAAGAUCAUGCCACAGAGUCACACCAGCAAUCUCGCCAGCUAAAAAAAGGAAAGAUGGAAGUGACAGCAGCGGAUGGUGUGGACGGUGAAAACCAGGCAGAAGAGGAGGUUUGUGGAAAAUGGGCAGAGGUGGUCGUGGCAGUAGACGAGGAUCACGGAGACCAGGAUGAAGAGGAAGCAGCAGAAGAUGAAGUGGCACAUGAACCGACAGCUAAGAGACCAAAAACAGAAUGUCAGUUCUGUGAGCGCAGCAGUGCAGAAAUCGACCGUCUGUUGCAGGAGAACAAGGAGCUCAGGUGUGAGCUGAAUAAGAGAAGGAUGGAUGAACACUUCUUGGAGGCUAACACAGACAAGGUCCAGUAUUACACAGGACUUCCAUGUUUUGCUAUUUUAGUCGCACUGUUCAACAAUGUUAAGCCCUCCCUGCCGGUUACAAAGAACUUAUCACCCUUUCAAAUGAUUUUAUUGACACUCAUGCGUCUGAGGCUUGAUCUUCCAGUCCAGCACCUCGCCCACCUCUUUAGUGUUUCAUGUGAAACUCUUUCCGCUGCCUUUGCUGACACCGUAGACGUUUUAUAUGCACGCCUUAACCCUUUGGUGCACUGGCCAGAGAGGCAUUGUUUACAAGCCACAAAACCACAGAAAUUUUUGGAAGCUUUUGGCCAACGUGCUGUUAUUAUUGUUGACUGCUUUGAAAUACGUACAGAAAGGCAAUCUGAUGUAAAAUCACAUCCACUGGCUUUAUCCCACAGCAAAAGUAUGGACACAAUGAAAUACCUCAUUGGUAUUACACCACAAGGUGCGAUAUCAUUUAUUUCCAAGGGCUGGGAGGGGCACUCCUCUGACAUGCACAUAACUGAAAACUGUGGCCUUCUUAACAAAUUGUCACCAGGUGAUAUAGUGUUAGCUGAUCGAGGCUUUGACAUCAAAGAAAGUGUGGGACUGAUGUGUGCGGAGGUUAAAGCUCCUGCGAUCACUAAUGGACAAUGUCAACUUGAUGCUAAGGAUGAAGAAAGCACACGAGCAAUAGCACACCUACGGGUUCAUGUUGGAAGGGUGAUUGAUGGCAUGCGCAACAAGUACACAAUGUUACAUAAGACAAUACCAGCUAGUUUGUUACUCCCGUGUGAGGGUGAGGAGAUGACGCUCCUCGACAAGAUUGUGAAUGUUUGUUUCAUUCUAAUUAACAUGUGUCCCAAUGUGGCUGCAAAACCUGAUGGAUCUUAAAAUGUGCAUGAUGAAUGGGUGCUUUUCAACCAGCUUUGUAUCACAACAGUGUGGGUAGUCUGUGUAAAUGAACUAUGGCAAACUUCCCUCCAUUUUACCAGCUCUCAGAUCUCUCUGCUCAUCUGUCAGCUCCACUGGGUGAUGCCUUUUACAGACGCAAAGAGUAAAGGAGCAGAUCGAGAGUGAGGGCCACUCCUCUCCCUCUCUCUCUUAAACGCAGACUAAACCCAGAUCAAAUAGUAAGACUAAGCAGUGCUGGUCAAAUAUAAACCAAGAUUCUGUCACUGCGUUGCCUAUUUUUGCCUCAAAUGUUUUCUGAAGCAUAUUCUAACUUACUGUUAACAGUAAUUUGAGAUUGUUUGCUACCAGCUGGCUGUCAUAUUGUUUCCUGUGGAAAAACGACCUAACUCACAUUAAGUCACCCACUAGCAGGAGGGUUUAUUGAUCCAAUGCAGCGCAGUGCAGUCUGGUAGUUGUAGGCUUUCUACCUCUUGCGCAAAAGCAAAUACCACAGCCCUUCUACUGUGUUUUCUGUGGUUAUAUAGCAUAGACACCAGUUACAUGAACGAAAACAUCUUUUCAGCAGUGAAAUACUUGUGUAAAUGUUAUAGGAGAUGUUGGUAUAUGU